CAGGUAUUGCAAUUGGCAGGAGCGCGGAGGUUAGACUUCUGUGAAGAUCAGCGAAGCGAAAGAGGGCCCCAUCUCACUAUAUUCUACCGCACUUUGACUCCAAGAAAACAUGGGGGAGUCUUGUCUUUGCUGUGCUUGUGUCAGCACGGGCGAAGUAGGUGUGGUUGAGCGGAACUGCAAGUACAAUCGGUUGGGGCUACCAGGUAUCACCCUCAUGUGUUGGCCGUUCGAGGUCAUUCGCGAGAAGGUCUUCGACGCUGUCUACCGCCUCACGAACCCGCAGGAACAAAUUCGCGCCUACGUCUACGACGUGGUCCGGGCAACCCUGCCCCGCAUGUUCCUCGACGAAGCCUUCGAGGCCAAAGACGACAUUGCGCACGCCGUCAAGGCCUCCCUGCAAACGUGCAUGGGCACCUAUGGGUACUCGAUACUGAACGCCCUUGUGACGGAUCUAGAACCCGAUUUGCGCGUCAAGGCUGCCAUGAACGAGAUCAACGCCUCGAAACGCCUGAAGGAAGCUGCCAGGGAGCGGGCGGAAGGGGAGAAGAUCGUCCAAGUCAAGAUCGCGGAGGCCAACGCCGAGAGCAAAUAUCUGUCAGGAGUGGGGGUGGCGAAGCAGCGCAAGGCGAUUGUGGAUGGGUUGCGCGAGAGCAUCCUGGGAUUCAGCGGCAAUGUGCCGGGGACGACGGCGAAGGACGUCAUGGACCUGAUGCUUCUCACGCAGUACUUCGACAUGCUGAACCUGGUGGGUAACAAUCCCUCCACCAACACUGUCUUCAUCCCGCACAAACCUGCCCUUGCGCAGAAUGGAGAAGAGGAAGUAGGGGACCAGGUCAGAAAUGGGAUGUUACAGGCGCAAAGCAGGUUUGCGCACGCGAGGAUGGGGCGGUGAAAGUGCAAUCCCUGGCAAGGGAAUGAUGACGAUGGUGGUGGUCUCGGCGGAAAAGGUGGGAGAUGAUAGAAAGGACUCUCGGAUGUGUCGCGGAAUCAACCAACGGAAAGAGAGGGGUGUCAGCCACUUUCUGUGUUUGCAUAUUUGACAGGAUUGGGGUUUCGAUGAAGGGUGCUAGCAGGAGCAUGUCUCUGUAUUCAUGUAGUACAGGGGAGCCAAGAAGUAUUGAAAGCAUGUUUGAGCCCGAAACAAUCAUGAUAAUGCCUCCUGGGCUCAAAAACG